GCGGGGAGGGUGGGGGUGGGGGGGACCGGGAGGUCGGGGAUCGGAGCUGCUACGAACACACCGAAGACUCACAGCCGCGAAGAUGGUGAAGGAGCAGUUCAGGGAGACGGAUGUGGCCAAAAAAAUAAGCCACAUCUGUUUUGGGAUGAAGUCUGCAGAGCAGAUGAGGCAGCAAGCACACAUCCAAGUAGUAAGCAAGAACCUCUACAGUCAGGAUAAUAGUCAUACCCCUUUAUCCUUUGGUGUAUUGGACCAUCGCAUGGGAACCAGUGAGAAAGAUCGUCCAUGUGAAACAUGUGGGAAGAAUCUGGCUGACUGCAUUGGACAUUAUGGUUACAUUGAUUUGGAGCUGCCUUGUUUCCAUGUUGGCUAUUUUAAAGCCAUUAUUGGAAUCUUACAGAUGAUCUGUAAAACGUGUUCCCACAUCAUGUUGUCCCAGGAGGAAAAGAAGCAGUUUUUUGAUGCUUUGAAAAGGCCUGGCUUAACCUACCUUCAGAAACGAAGCCUGAAAAAGAAAAUCUCUGAGAAAUGUAGGAAACGAACCAUCUGUCUGUUCUGUGGAACAUUUAAUGGUCCUGUGAAAAAAUGUGGCUUGCUGAAGAUUAUUCAUGAAAAAUACAAGACGAAUAAGAAAGUGAUGGACCCUGUGGUGUCAGAUUUUCUGCAGUCUUUUGAUAUAGCAAUAGAACACAACAAGGAAGUGGAGGCAUUGCUUGGAAGAGCCCAGGAAAAUCUCAGUCCUCUGAUAGUGUUGAACAUAUUUAAAAGAAUUCCUUCGGAAGAUGUCCCCCUACUUCUGAUGAACCUUGACGCAGGGAAACCUGCAGAUCUGAUCCUUACGCGGUUAUUAGUUCCUCCUCUCUGUAUCAGACCUUCAGUAGUCAGCGACCUAAAGUCUGGGACCAACGAAGAUGAUCUGACCAUGAAACUGACUGAAAUAAUCUUCCUGAAUGAUGUCAUUAAAAAGCAUAGAAUGUCUGGGGCAAAGACUCAAAUGAUCAUGGAGGACUGGGACUUCCUGCAAUUACAGUGCGCACUUUACAUCAACAGUGAGCUUUCUGGCAUUCCUCUCAACAUGGCACCCAAGAAGUGGACCAGGGGCUUUGUACAGAGGUUAAAGGGAAAACAGGGUCGAUUUCGAGGAAACCUGUCUGGAAAAAGAGUAGACUUUUCCAGCAGAACUGUCAUCUCUCCUGACCCCAAUCUACGGAUUGAUGAAGUUGCAGUUCCGGUCCAUGUGGGAAAGAUCCUUACAUACCCAGAGAGGGUUACCAAAGCCAACCUGGAUUUUAUGCGCAAACUUGUCCGUAAUGGGCCUGAAGUGCACCCAGGAGCCAAUUUCAUCCAACAGCGACACACAAACCUGAAGAGGUUUCUAAGAUACGGAAAUAGGGAAAAGAUGGCUCAGGAACUGAAGUAUGGCGACAUUGUGGAGCGGCACCUGAUUGAUGGAGAUAUAGUAUUGUUCAACAGACAGCCAUCCUUACACAAACUGAGUAUCAUGGCACAUAUAGCCAAAGUAAAACCUCACCGAACAUUCAGGUUCAAUGAAUGUGUUUGCACCCCAUACAAUGCAGAUUUUGAUGGUGAUGAAAUGAAUCUUCACCUUCCUCAAACUGAGGAGGCCAAGGCUGAAGCACUUGUUCUGAUGGGGACAAAAGCCAACUUGGUAACCCCUAGAAAUGGGGAGCCCUUAAUAGCUGCUAUCCAGGACUUUCUCACAGGUGCCUAUCUGCUUACCCUGAAAGACACUUUCUUUGACAGAGCAAAGACUUGUCAGAUUGUUGCGUCCAUUCUUUCAGGAGAAGAUGAGAGACUCAAAAUUACUCUUCCACAUCCUGCAAUCUUAAAGCCUGUCACACUGUGGACAGGAAAGCAGAUUUUUAGCGUCAUUCUCAAACCCAACAAAGAGUGUCCUAUUAAUGCAAACCUUCGCACAAAGGGAAAGCAGUACUGUGGGAAAGGAGAGGAUCUGUGCCACAAUGACUCCUUUGUUGUAAUCCAGAACAGUGAGCUGAUGUGUGGGUGCUUGGAUAAAGGAACACUGGGCUCCGGCUCCAAGAACAACAUCUUCUAUAUCCUGUUGAGAGACUGGGGGCAGAUGGCGGCUGCAGAUGCAAUGUCACGCCUGGCUCGACUGGCUCCUGUCUACCUCUCCAAUCGAGGAUUCUCCAUUGGGAUUGGUGACGUAACGCCAGGCCAGGGAUUGCUGAAGGCCAAACAAGAACUAUUGGAUGCUGGCUAUAAAAAGUGUGAUGAAUACAUUGAAGCACUCAAAACUGGUAAACUCCAGCAACAGCCUGGAUGUACAGCAGAGGAAACACUGGAGGCCUUGAUCCUUAAAGAGCUAUCUGUAAUUAGAGACCAUGCUGGCAGCGCGUGCCUCAGGGAACUGGACAAGAGCAACAGCCCUCUCACGAUGGCCCUCUGUGGGUCAAAAGGUUCCUUUAUCAACAUCUCCCAGAUGAUUGCCUGUGUAGGACAGCAGGCCAUCAGUGGAUCCCGGGUUCCUGAUGGUUUUGAGAACAGAUCUUUACCCCAUUUCAAAAAACAUUCCAAGCUCCCAGCAGCAAAGGGCUUUGUCGCAGACAGUUUCUAUUCUGGGUUGACUCCAACUGAGUUCAUCUUUCACACCAUGGCUGGUCGUGAGGGCUUGGUCGAUACAGCUGUAAAGACAGCAGAAACUGGAUACAUGCAGAGACGUCUAGUAAAAUCGCUGGAGGAUCUGUGUACACAAUAUGAUUUAACUGUCCGCAGCUCAACUGGUGACAUCAUCCAGUUUAUCUAUGGGGGAGAUGGCUUAGAUCCAGCAGCCAUGGAAGGCAAAGAUGAACCUUUAGAAUUUAAGCGGGUUCUGGAUAACAUCCGAGCCAUUUUCCCAUGCCGCAAGGAGCCAGCUCUGAGUAAAAGUGAUUUGGUUUUAAGUGCCGAGGCCAUGAUGAAGAGAAACGAUUUUCUAUGCUGCCAAGAUGAGUACCUGCAGACUUUAACUGGGACAGGCUGUGAGAACUUCAGUGAGGCAAUCAGAAAUUUUGUGAAAGCUGUUUCAGAAAAGAUCAAGAAGAUGAGAGACAAAUAUGGUAUUAAUGACAAUGGGACUACUGAGCCCCGAGUGCUAUAUCAGCUGGAUCGAAUAACUCCUACCCAAGUGGAAAAGUUUCUCGAGACCUGCAGAGACAAAUAUAUGAGAGCCCAGAUGGAGCCAGGUUCUGCUGUUGGUGCUUUGUGUGCACAGAGUAUAGGAGAACCAGGCACACAGAUGACCUUGAAGACGUUCCACUUUGCUGGUGUAGCCUCCAUGAACAUUACUCUUGGUGUACCCAGGAUAAAAGAAAUUAUUAAUGCAUCAAAAUCUAUAAGCACCCCAAUAAUUACAGCACAUCUUGAUCAAGAUGAUGAUGCUGACUUUGCCCGACUGGUAAAGGGAAGGAUCGAAAAGACCCUCCUUGGAGAGAUUUCAGAGUAUGUUGAAGAAGUUUUUCUGCCUGAUGACUGCUUCAUUCUCAUCAAGCUUUCCUUGGAAAGAAUUAGACUUCUAAGAUUGGAGGUAAAUGCAGAGACUGUGAGAUACUCCAUCUGUACAUCAAAACUACGAGUGAAGCCAGGAGAUGUUGCAGUUCAUGGUGAAGCAGUUGUAUGCGUCACACCUCGAGAGAACAGUAAAAGUUCAAUGUAUUAUGUUCUCCAGUAUCUAAAAGAGGACUUGCCUAAGAUUGUUGUUCAAGGAAUCCCAGAAGUGUCGAGAGCAGUUAUUCAUAUUGACACUCAAGGUGGAAAGCAGAAAUACAAGUUGUUGGUGGAAGGUGACAAUUUGCGUGCUGUUAUGGCAACUCAUGGCGUGAAGGGAAUACGCACAACCUCAAACAAUACUUACGAGGUAGAAAAGACAUUGGGGAUUGAAGCUGCUCGAUCUACCAUCAUCAAUGAGAUCCAGUACACAAUGGUUAACCACGGCAUGAGCAUUGACCGAAGACAUGUUAUGCUUUUAUCAGACCUGAUGACCUACAAGGGUGAAGUGUUGGGAAUAACCCGAUUUGGUUUGGCGAAAAUGAAAGAAAGUGUUCUCAUGUUGGCCUCAUUCGAGAAAACUGCAGAUCAUCUCUUUGAUGCAGCAUACUUUGGACAAAAGGACUCGGUCUGUGGUGUGUCAGAGUGCAUCAUCAUGGGGAUACCUAUGAACAUUGGAACAGGCCUUUUCAAACUACUUCACAAAGCUGACAAGGAUCCAGAUCCACCCAAAAGACCUCUAAUAUUCGACAAUAGUGAAUUUCAUAUCCCAUUAGUCACGUAGCAGGAAGAGCACGGUUUGCCUUGAGCAACUGAAUUUUCUUUGACUGACUAGAUUGAUGGAAGUUUGCGAUAUGUUUGAAUUCUACAGAAGUGUGUGGAGUUUGUUGGAGCUUGUUUGGAUAUACAGAGUAUACCUGGGCACUUUCUAAAAGAGGAUGUUAUGCAAUAUAGGGGUGCCACGGAAAUACAACAAGAAACUGAUAAAAGGAUAUAUUUAAUGACAAUUCCAUCAGUCAAAGUAAGUUUUAAUGUCAAAAGCGUUGCUUGAAAACAUGGUCAAAAAUUUCCCAAAGUCAAGACUGCCCAUUAAAAUUAUAUUUAUACAUUUAAGUGCUCUGUUAGUUAUUAAGGAUGAUCAGUGGAGGUUGAUGGUUUCAUUGUGGGUAAAUGGACUUAACGAGUUCUAUUGUAAUUUAUUGCUGAUAAGAUCUGGGCAGACUAAACAGCUGAAUGGGGACCUUUUAGAUUAUUUUACUGCAGCAAAUGCUGUAUUUAGAAUUUUAAAUUGUUAUUUGAAAUUUCCACUAUAGACAAGUAAAUAAUUCAGCAUUGUUACCGUUUUGGGAACGUGCAUGUACACAUUUUCAUUUAUUUUGGUUUUGGCCCACAGUUGGCUGCAAGAAACGUCACAGAGAAGAAGACGGGUGUUAAAGGGUGAAUUGGGAAAUGCUUGUCAUGUAACUACAGUAUGAGUAUUUUUCUGCAAAUAAAGGCAAUCUUUGAAAAACAA